AUGAACGGACUCGCUGCGGUGUACGGAAACCACCUCGGGGCGCAGCUGUUGGGUCUGGCGCAAGCCGCAGGGGACCGCAACCGUCCGCCAUCUCCAUCAUCAGCUGGAAAACGGUGGCAAACGCCCGACCACAGCCGGGACCGGUUGCAUCACCAGCAGACCCUUGAGGAAGAAGAUGGCGAAGAGUACGAAGAUGAAAUCAUAGAGGAGAUGAGCGGGAAUUGGCCGCCAUCUUCUUCUUCGACGGCCACCUCGGCUGCAACGCAAGCCGUGCCGCGCGUGGACAGCGUCGAAUGGAACAAGAUGGAAGAGGGUCCCGACGAUGAGACCCUGCUCCUCGACAAUGCUGAGCCAGACGAAGACGGCUCGCCACACCGCUCCAGCGCGAAGAGCCUCAAGCGAAAGCGAAAGCCGGCCGAGACGAGCGGAGGGCUCGACGAGCACCAGGGUCCGGGCAAGAAGCGCCUCUCCUGCAUCGACUGCGGUUGUCGGGCGGCCCUCAAGGCCUGCACCAAGGUCAUGUGCAUCGACUGCUGCGCCAAAGAGGGUCGUGUGUGCGACGCGCAUGCCAAGAAGCUCUACGAGAAGGAGGUCCGCAAGCUGGAGCCGCUCCCGGCCUUUGGGACAGGCGCGGAGGGCAGCGGCUCCGCCAAGGACAGGGACAGCAGCGCGGCGGCCAAGUCGGCCAAGAAGAGGGCCAGGGUGGUGCGCCCCGGCGGUGGUGGUGAGGGCGGCAGCGACGACGAGGGCGAAGAGGACAGCGAGGGCAGUGCGCCCACCGCCGACCGAGACUCGGAGCGCGACGCGGCCGCGGCGGCGGGCGAGGAAGAAGCCGCCGGUGGCGGCGCGAAGCCCAAGCGAAGCGUCCUGUACGAGACGAUCGCCAAGCAGGACAAGAAGAUACGCGCCCUCCAGAACGACCUCAAAGAGUUGAGGACCCUGCUGCUGUCGGUGGUGGACAAGCAGAACACCUUCGCCCGGCAGCUGCGGCACAUCUCCGGCACCCACUCCGACAGCCUGGUCAUCGACGAAGACGAAGACGACGAGGAAGACGACCGGUCUUGA